UUGCAAGGCGCGGUUGUUCAGACUUCAAGUUCAAAUGUUUAUAUGCUGACGUUUACUGCUAUCGCCUCUUAACAGGAGGUGUUGUUACUUUGACAGAAGCUUAUAUCAAUGCUGCCCAUGCAGUUAUAUCCUCCACAGUUACCAGAAAGCAGAACCACCAACAAAACUGCCAAGAACAGAAAGUAGUUGUUGCUAGAUGUUCACAUUUGGAUAGGACUUGAGCGUACAGAGAAAUUGUAGGUGUUACAGUAAUGCCUGUUCGCAUUAGGCAGGCUUCGCUCACAGAAGCUCAGCUCUUAGGCGCGUUGCUUCCCGCCCAUUGCUCCAGGAUCCUCCCCGCCUCUCUGCCGUUCUAUGGGCUUUCGUAAUACCAAGCAUUACUCAAGUCGCCACCCUAGGGACUAGCCGUGCUCGUGGUUAGUCAGCUUAAUACAAAGGGAAAGAGGAUCGUCCUGUCUCCACCAGCCGCGUUCUGAGCUGAAGGCUGAUUUUCACCAGAGCAGAAGAGGCCGGCCAUUCACCACAGCUUCACUGGUGACCAUACUACGCUUCAGCCGGAGCCAGCAUGCAGGACGAGUCUAAACAAAGAAGAAUGACCAUGGACUUUUCCCAGCUGCACACAUACACGCCUCCACAGUGUGCUCCAGAGAACACCGGCUAUACUUACUCCCUCAGUUCAAGUUACUCAACUGCAGCUUUAGAGUUUGAGAAAGAGCACCAGAUUGCCCCUGUGUACGAGUCGCCCAAGAUGUCGCGGCGGAGCCUGCGUCUGCAGAACAGUGCCAGUCAUUACGGCACCGAGAGUGGAGCCGAUUACUCCCAGAACCACACCAGCAGUUAUAUCGGCACCAGGAAAGAGACACGGACGGCGCGAAGCAGAAAGCAGCAGUCCAUGUCGAGCUCUGUGUCGUUAUCCCUGAGCCAAAUCGCUACGCCAAGACAAACCCUGUCCUUCUCGGCUGCGAGUACCCCGAUCGACAGCAGCAGCACAUCUCAUGAAAGCGUCAGAACGUCCGAUGUCUCACAACUCGCAUCAACUCACGAUCAGUCUCUCCUGAGGCAGCGCAGAGUAACCACCACCACCACUACUACUACCGUGGAUGGACAGUGGGGGCAGCGCUCUGACCACAGCUCAUCAAACAUCAAUGGAGAUGCCAGCACUGCGAAGUCCCACGCCUCGCUCCCUAAUGGCUACAUCUGCAAAGAUUGCUCGUUUCACUCUCAGAAUACGGACUCCCAUAUCACACGGUCAUCAUCGGCGUCGUUAUCAUCAUCGUCCUGCCAAGCAACAGAACUUUCCACAGACGCCCUCUCUUCCGUAUCCUCACCUUACACAAGUAUUUAUACCAGAGACAGGAGUCGAAGGAACAAGGCGGGUGUCCUGACGUCAGUAUCUAACUCAUGUGUGCGCUACAGCAAGAAAGCCCUGGCCCCCAUUGUGUCCUUAGUCUCCAUUCUCUACAGCAGUUUGGUCUGGCUGGGUACAAGGACCAGGAGCUCAGCAGGAAAAGGGGUGUCAACCGGAGUGUGGACAGGGGUGUCAACAGGGGUGUCAUCAGAUGUGAGAACAGGAAUGUCAACAGGAGUGUCAGCAGGUGCCCAAGCCUCAUUCUCAGACUCCUUGAGACAAGCGUGGUCCUCUAGUUUGUCCAAACUUUGGCUGUUUAAGCAGACAGCUCUCCACAGGAUGAUGGGCUCCAAGGCUUAUGGCUUUGAAGAACAAGGUCACUCAAGCUUCUGUGGAAGCAUGAACGUGAAGGAUUUGGUGACUGAAGAAACAUCACAUCUUAAUCUCAAUGGUUCCCUGUGUGACGACUGUAAAGGAAAGCAGCACUCUGAGUCUCGCACCGUCGUCCUCACACAGACCUCUAGGUCACGGCGCUUGGUGGGGGCGCUGUGGAGCAUCGUAGCUUAUGCAGGUUCCUGCCUGCUGCAGCCCAGUCACUGUGUGGUUGGAGCAGGUAAAGCUUUGGCUUCAGGAGUUACCACAGCAGCACAGAGGCUUGUCUCCUUCCUCUGGAUGAUCCUAGCAGCCCCAGUAAAAGCAGGAAAGGGAGUGCUGUGGUUUCUUGCUAGAGGAUGGUACCAACUGGUGUCUCUUAUGUCUCUCCUCAACGUCUUCUUUCUGACUCGAAUCCUUCCCCAACUCUGGAAGCUCCUGCUGCUACUUUUGCUUCUCUUACUACUUCUGCUUUUCUGGUGGUGGGUUCCGUCCGCUGCUGCCUUGCUCGCCUACCUUCCAGCCAUAAAUCUCACCGAGUGGCGCUCCACAUCUAGAUUCGCCGCCUUCUCCAACCAGGCCGCUGUUCCCGCUGCUGUCUCUGAAACAGAGACGCCCAUGGAGCUGGCUCAUGUCACUCCAGUCUCCCAAGCAACACCAAUCCUUCCCCCAGUGACCGUCCACAGUAGCGUGGACUUGGAGCGUCUCGAACGUGUUGAGCGACAGCUGGCCUUGUUGUGGGAGAAAGUGCAGCAGGGAGACCAGAAGCAGGAUCAGCGUCACAGCGAUAUUCUGGGUCUGUACGGCUCCCUGAGAGAGCAGCUUCACAGCGAGAACGAAAGGGAGAGCCUGGAGGUGUGGGUGGCCUCUCUGAUGGAGCGGCGGCUGGGUGUGCUGCGAGGAGAGCUGGAGCAGGAGAGCACAAAGCAAGCACAGAGUUCAGAGCAGCAGAAACAACAACAGGAAAGUCAGGCCACACGUCUGGCUGAUUUAGAGCUUCUGCUCAAGGCUUUGGCAACCAGGACUGAGGAGAUGCAGCAGAAGCAACAGCAGUAUGAGAACAAAAGGGAGGAGCGGGAGAAAGAGGCUUCUAGGUCGCCUGCAGUCACAGCUCCUGUCAGUGUGGGUGUGAAGCAGGAGGACCAUGAUGCCCUGCUGCUUGAGGUGCAGAGACUUGAAGCAGAGCUGAGUAAAAUCAGGGGGGACCUGCAGGGCGUUGCAGGAUGUAGGGGCAAAUGUGAGCAGCUGGAUGUUCUGCAGGAGACUAUAUCUGGGGAAGUGUCCUCGCAGUUGCGGAAAGAGCUGCAGGCUCUGUUCUUCGGCAGAGGUGCGUCAGCAGAGCAGCAGGGAGAGAUCCCCGAGUCUCUGAUCCACUGGCUGUCACAGCGCUACGUGAGCACACCCGACCUGCAGGCGGCGCUGGCCUCCAUCGAACUGAGCAUCCUGAAAAACAUAUCGCUGCAACUGGAGCAAAGUCGAGCCCAGACGCUGGGCGAGGCCGAGUCCAGAACCAGAAGCAUCUUUCAGACAGUAACGGGGACGGUUCAGCACACCUCUACAACUGAGGGCUUGUCUGAGGAGCACGUGAAGCUGAUUGUUCAGAACGCCCUGAAGCUUUACUCCCAAGACCGGACGGGUCAGGUGGACUACGCCCUGGAGUCUGGAGGUGGUAGCAUCCUCAGCACCCGCUGCUCUGAGACAUAUGAGACAAAGACGGCCCUCAUGAGUUUGUUCGGCCUGCCGCUCUGGUACUUCUCCCAGUCUCCACGUGUUGUCAUCCAGCCCGAUGUAUAUCCUGGUAACUGCUGGGCAUUUAAAGGCUCUCAAGGUUAUCUGGUGAUCAGGCUGUCCCUCAGGAUCCUGCCCACAUCCUUUGGUGUGGAGCACAUCCCCAAGGCCCUCUCUCCAACAGGAAACAUCACCAGUGCUCCACGCAACUUCACUGUCUUUGGUCUGGAUGAUGAGUACCAAGAAGAGGGAACUCUGCUGGGGCACUACAUAUACGAGGAGGAUGGCGAGUCUUUGCAGAUCUUCCCUGUUAAGGAGAAAAACGACAAGGCUUUCCAGAUUAUUGAGGUGCGGGUUCUGUCUAACUGGGGUCAUCCGGAAUACACAUGCUUAUACCGCUUGAGGGUCCACGGAGAACCUCGUCCUGAAUGACGCAAGCACCACCGGACAUGCUAAUAAAACAACAUUACACCCUAUCUGUAUAUAACUCUCACCAGCUUCUUUAAACGGAGGGGACCUCACGCCGUGGACAGUUUGGUAUGAAAGCCGUGAACACAGGGAAGUCGAAGGACUGUAAAAGCAACGUGGCGAGAUGGAAUAAGAAAAAUAUGUUUAUGAAAUGCUGAAAGAAUCCCAGGGAAGUUUCUAAUCUUGACGUUAAAGGUAUGCGAAGAGAAAUGGAACCACGGAAGAAGCCAAAAGUCCCCUUUUCAUUGCACUGAGUUGCUCACGAGGUUAGCAAGGCUUCCCUGAGCAGACGAAUCCAUCCCGCUUCUACAGGAAGGUGGACACCUUAAACAUAGCGAGGGUUACAGACUCAUCUCAGCCACCUUUUCAAUCUGCGUCUGGUUUGUUUUAGUUGUUUUACCUUUUUUAACUUUGUUUUAGAAUCUGCUAUUUUUAGGAACAAGACCACUUUUGUCAUUGCCUGAGACGCUAUCCAGGCACAGCAUCCCGUAGUUGCUGCAGCUAAACUGAGAAGUCCACAUGCUGGGCUUGGCCUGAAUUCUUUCCCAUAGCCAUAAGUAAGACUUUCGUUAAAGAAUUAUGGACAAAUCCUGAAUGUUUGAUCAAGUGCAGGCUCAACGCAAGUUUCCUUUAAUCACACACUGACGCUAUAAAACCACUGACCUUAGCUCUAUGUGAUGCAAACUUUACCAUGCUCCUUACUACAUUCAAUGCAGGAAGUCAGGCCAACACGUGGCUCCUUCCCUGAAAGACACACUAAAACAUUUACAUCCAUCAUGUACACUGCCUUGCAAAAUCAUCCUCACCUUUUCACAUUUUGCCACGUUACAACCACAAACUCCAAUGUGUUUUAUUGGGAUUUUAGGUGGUGGAUCUUCACAAAGGUUUUACAGUUAUACAGUGAAAGGAAAAAGAUGCACAGGUUUCACAUUUUUACAAAUAAAAAAGUGUAAGGUAUGGUGGGCAUUUGUAUUCUGAACCACUGAGUCAAUACUGGUUUGAACCACUUUUUGCUGCAAUCAAAGCUGUAAGUUCUUUGAGGGUAUUUUUCUGCAAGCUUUGCACAGUAAUGGACCUAAUUCUUCUUUGCCAAAAGCUCAUGCUCAGAUUUCAUGGAAAUACGUCUGUGAACAUCAUUUUUCAAGUCUUGUGCCAGAUCAUCAGUUUGAUUUUAGUCUGAACUUUGACUGGGCCGUACUAACGCAUGAAUAUGUUUUUCUCUAAACCUCUCCAUUGUAACUCUGGCUGUUCAGAUUUGUCCUGCUGAAAGGUGAACUUUUAUACUAGGGUAAUGUUUUUUGGCAGCCUCUAACAUGUUUUCUUCAGGUUUGCUUUGUUUUUAACUCUAGCUAACUUUCCAUCAGUAGCGAGGAGCUUCCCUGUCCCUGCUGAAGAAAGCAUUCCCACAGCAUGGAGCUGCCACCACCAUGUUUGACCUGUUGUGUGUUCAUGAAGUGUUGGCUUUGUGUUACAUAUAGAAUUUAGCAUGUAGGUAGUUCACUUUUUUUUUUUUGAUUUGUCUUCUGGCUUGCGAUAGAUUUCUUAAGGACUUCUUUGAACAAUGUUUUUUAUUGUCUUUUCUUUCAAAAAGCUCAGAUUUGUGGGAGUAGAUGAGACGACUAGUAAAUGUCUGGUUAUUAGUUUCUGCCAUGUGAGCUUUGGAUCUCUGCAGCUCCUCCACAGUUAGCAUGGGCCUCUUGGCUGCUUCUCACAUUGAUGCCGUCUUCGUCAGUUUAGGUGACAGGCACAUCUGUGUAGGCUUGCGGUUUUUCCAUGCUCUUUCUUAGAUGAUGGGUUGAACCUAUUACCCAACUCUGGUUUAAACUUCUUCACAAUCUCAUCUCUGACUUUUCUGUUGUGUUCCUUGGUCUUUGUGAUGAUGUUUGUUCACAACUUCUGAGACCUUCACAGAGCAACUGGAUUUAUUCUGAGAUUUUUUUGCGCUCUGUUGAAUCCUGCACAGGGCAUUCCUCGAAGGGCGAUUUUUUUUUUUUUUUUUUUUUUUUUUUUUUUUUUUUUUUUGGAGGCUGCAAAAGACUUACGACUGGGGUGGAGGUUCACCUUCCUGCACAGAGCUGUGUUAGAUCAGCCGUGUCCAAAGUCAGUUCUCAGUGGCCAGCGCCCUACGUGUUGCUGAUGUUUCCCUGGCUCAACACACAUUGAUCAAAUGCACAAUUCACUUGAUAUGUUGAGGAGGUAAUUCAGCUGUUUGAUUCAGAUGUGUUGGAGAAGGGAUGCUUAUCAAACUUGCUGGGUGCCAGCCCUUGAGGACUGGAGUUUGACACCCCAGGUUUAGAUCAGAACAUGUUCAUGUGCUGGAAUGGGCCAGUCGAAGUUCAGACCUAAAUCCAACUAAGAAUCUGUAGCAACACUUGAAAAGUGAUGUUUACAGCCGCUUUCCAUCCAAUCUGAGCUUGAGCAGUUUUGUAAAGGAGAACAGGUAAACAUUUUUGCGUGUAGAUGUGCAGAGCUGCUAGGCACAUGCCCCAAAACUUUCCCGCUGUAAUCAAAAGGCGGUUCUGCAAAGUUUUGACUACAGGGUUGAAUACAAAUGCACGCCACACUUGUAUGAUUUUAUUUGUAAGAUAAUUGUGAAGGGGAAGGAUCCUUUUGCUUCCCCUUCACAAUUAUGAUCUUAUAAACAAAUUAUUUAAAGUUAUUUAUGGAGGAAAUGUAUUGCAAUAAUUUAGAUGUACAGCGUAAAGCAUGGUUAAUACACCACACUUCAGUUUAUUUUUUUAUUUUUUUUUCAAAGCUUUGUAUCAUUCGCUUCAUCCACUUCACAAUUACUACUUGGUCAUAAAGCUCAUUAAAAACAUUGAAGUUUGUGGUUGUGACACCACGAAAUGUUGAAAUGUUUAGAUGCAGGAAUCCUUUUGUGUGGCACUCUAUAUGAAAGUGUUGUUAAGUCCAGUGCCUGGAGCUCAGAUCUUAACCAGAGUUGGGAGCUAAAGAAAGGAAAAUGUCUACUGUUGGGCAGAGUUUGGUUUUUGUCCUUUUCUCUCUUUUCCCUUUACUUCACCUAUAUGACCUUUUUCACAUGGGCUCUUGAAAACUCUAAAACCCUGAAGGAAUGUAAUUUGUAUAUUUCAUUGUUUAUAGUUGGUCCUUUUAUGAUAUCUACUUUUAUCAGUGUUGCUUUAUUAAAAGAGAAAUCCUGUCAUAAUUAUGAUUACUAUUAUUUCUACAGUUGCUCAUUGAGUUUGUGUUCUUUUUGUUUUGUUUUAAUUUGGGGGAUAAUUCACAACAAGAUGCACUGCAACAACUUGUAAGACAAAAGUUUGUGGCACGGGUGUUUUUUGUUCAAAAAUGGGGCUAUGUAAAGAGUUGUGGGUUGAGUAGGUCAAAAAAUGCUAUUUGUAAAAACGUUUUGCUCACAAUUUUAUUUAUUAACAAGUUAUUAGUGGCUGCAAAUUAUGAGUUUUGGCAAUGUAUAUUUUGUUAAAAGCUGUUCAGUGCAUUUUGGAAACGUUUUUUUUUUAAGAUAAAUGGCUAUUUUUGUUCGGUCAUGAGAUGACUUGACUGCUUUGGAAUAGAUACCAAUAAAGACUUUAAUUUUGUUUGA